CAGCCAUUUUGGAGAAGCUUUCCGACACAGGAGGGCUUCGCAAAAUUUAGGGUUUUUUGUGGCCGUCAUUAAUCCGACCGAAAAAGGGCGACGUACCGAGUGUGUGCGAAAAAAACAAAACCGCUGGAGGCGAAAUAAUGGGCCCGCCGCCGGGAGACAGACCGCGCCGCACGUCGACUGAAAGAACGGGGGAGUUCAGCUGGACCGUCGAUUUAUCUUGACAUGGCAUGCGGCAGCAUAUAGGGCAACGACGGACGGAGGAAAAGAUCCACAAGCUCUUAAAAGACGCGACACAAGACGUGGGGUUAUUUUAGUUUACCGAUUAAAAUAAGCAAUCCCUACCGAGUUGUUGAUGUCGCGAUCUAAACUUGACUAGGGAGACGAAAUGUCGAGCUCACGCGCUAGCUGCCUGUUAGCUUUUUAGCAUCGCGCAAUACUGGCGAGGACAUGUAAAGAAAGAUGACCGAAUCGUAAUCAAGAAGCUUUCCCCUUCCUGAAAAAAAGAAAAAGUAACUCGGGCCCGUUCGGAAAUAAAAUGUAGCUUUGAUCGCUGUUUAGUCAACUCUUAGCCUGCUAGCUCGAUUUAGCUAGAGUGCUAAAAAUACAGCAUGAGCAGCAGCAGCACGAGGACUUGCAGGAGCAAGUAGGCCGCAAGCCAUAAAGCGGCAAGGAAAAUGUCAGACAGCCUUAGUCGUCUUGUUCCCAUCCAUGUGUGCCAACGUCUCCCUGCCUUGCUCGUCCGUAUUUCCGGUCCAGUACACUCAGCUAUGGAUGAGGCGCUUUGAACCUACCCCGAAUCUUAGCCCGCUAGCCCUCCAUUUCACCUAGCGCCGCUAUGGGGCUUUACUCUAGAAAGUAAUACUUCUAAUAACCAGCCACAUUUUCACUCUUGUUUUAUUUUCAAAUCUGCUGAGAAAACCUGUAGACAGCUGUCUUCGCAUCUUAAAAUGAUGGAUUUAUGAAUAACCAACAAGGUGAUGUAGUCUUAGCGAAAGUCUCGUGCGAGAAACCUUGUACCCCUCAAAACCCACAGGAAAAUGACUUGAUAUGGUGUUGUUUGGUUAGAAGACCUGUUUCGUUUUUUAGUCAUCAAGUGGCAAGUGUACAGACGUGGUUAGCGCUCCAUCAACUAGAAGCGCAACCCUAAAAAUUAGUAGUCAAAAAGAGUCAAAAAGCAGACACCAUCGCAACUGACCAUGGGGGAUCCAACCACGCGACGAAACCAAACCAGAAAUCGUCUCCGCGCCCAACUGCGGAAGAAACGGGAAUCGUUGGCCGAUCAGUUCGAUUUCAAGAUUUACAUCGCCUUUGUUUUCAAGGACAAGAAAAAGAAGUCGGCGCUCUUUGAGGUUGCUGAAGUGGUGCCGGUGAUGACCAACAACUAUGAGGAGGACAUCCUGCGAGGCGUGCGGGAUUCUCGCUACUCGCUGGAGAGUUCCAUAGAGCUCCUACACAAGGAUGUGGUGCAGCUCCACGCCCCCCGAUACCAGUCCAUGCGAAGGGACGUGAUUGGCUGCACACAGGAGAUGGACUUCAUUCUUUGGCCGCGCAACGACAUUGACAAGAUCGUCUGUCUGCUUUUCUCCAGGUGGAAGGGAGCCGACGACGAGCCCUUCAGGCCCAUUCAGGCCAAGUUUGAGUUCCAGCACGGCGACUACGAGAAGCAGUGCUUGCAUGCGCUCACUCGCAAGGACAAAGCUGGAAUGAUCAUGAACAACCCCGCGCAGUCGGUCUUUCUCUUCAUGGAUAGACACCACCUACAGACCGUUCAGAGCAGGGCGACGGUGCUGAAGCUGUGCAGCCUGUGUUUGCACCUUCCCCAGGACCAGCUGACCUGCUGGGGCGUGGGCGACGUCGAGGACCACCUCAGACCUUACAUGCCUGACUAGGCUACUUCCCAAGGGCGGAAACGCCCUGAAAAAAAAAAACUCCACCUCUCGAACCUCCAUCAAUUGUCUUGCCUUCAGAAGCCAUUUUGACCCCUUCUCCUCCCUCCCCCUCUCAUUCCCACUCAGUCAUCUAUUUUGUUUUCCGGCAACCUGCACGAACAUUCAUUUGGAGCGAUGGGUCGCUGUGGCAGUCACAGCGGCAGGCAGGAACUCUUCUUUUAUGUUGGAAGAGAAACACGGACAUAUUUAACCUUUGUCACAGGAAAAAGUGUUUUUUUUUUUUUGUUUUAUUUGUCGUUUCCGGGAAAACCAACUUUGGGGUGUAACACAAUUGUAAUAUUGCGAACAAUAUGACGUUCAAUCGUAUGUGCCGAUCGCUUCUUUUCUGGGCUGGAAAUUUUACUUUUUGCGCGAGAUUGUGUUAUGCUGGAAUCACUACUGAUGUCUGAUUUGGGAUACACGCUCUUGAGAAUAACUAUGCAGCUAACUAAAGCAAACUAACUUUUUCUGUUUUGAUUUGAUCAAAUUGCUUCUCACUUGUUUUUCAUGUUCAUGACAAGUGUGUCCUGUUGGAAUUUUGAGGCUUUUUUUCCUUUUUGUUCUGUUGAUCAAUACUGCUGAGCAUAUAUCAAUAAAAAUGGUCAAUUCAAAA